GUGCCGAUUGUCAUGAUGUUGUUGGAGCCACUCAUCAUGAAGGUGCUGGCCAUGCUGUCCGGGCGCUCGGUGCUCUCGCACAUCUUGGUGGUGAACCGGCGGGCGCUCAACGCGUUCAUGAAGAUGCCGUUCAUCAUAGAGGUGGAUGAGCGGACCAUCCUGUUGUUGCAGAUGCUCGUGGGGUUUCUGAAGAUCUCGAUCGUCGGCCUGCUCAUGGCGGGCCUGGCCGCGCUAGUGGAGUUCCUGGUGGUGUGGUCGCUCAUGGUGGUCCUGGCUCUCCCGAUCGUCGGCUUGCCUAUGGGGCUCAAGAUCGCGCCGCCCCUGGGGCUCCUGGCGGCUCUUGGUGGUCCUGGCGACGGGGAUGCUCAAGAGUCUCUCUUAGUGUUUCUGAUCGUUGACCUGCUGAUGACUUUCCUGGAUAAUCUCGUGGUAGUCAUGGUUGUGCGGGCGCUCACGGAGUCCCUGAUGUUCCUGAUCGUCGACUUGCUGACGGCGUUCGUGGCGGCUCUUGGUGGUCCUUGCGACGGGGAUGCUCAAGAGUCUCUCUUAGUGUUUCUGAUCGUUGGCCUGCUGAUGACUUCCAUGGAUAAUCUCGUGGUAGUCAUGGUUGUGCGGGCGCUCACGGAGUCCCUGAUGUUCCUGAUCGUCGACCUGCUGAUGGCGUUCGUGGCGGUGCUAGUACUCAUGAUGUUCCCGGCCCUUUCGACCGUCAGCCUGCCAUGGCUCUAA